CUCGGUGGUAGCUGGGAGGAAUAUUCAAUUGGGAAUGUUGCAUGGAAGGGACUAAGGUCCCCCUUAACUUUUUUGCAAUAAUAGAUUAGAAAAUGUUUUGAAAAUUUACGCUAACGAACGCAUUAGUAGCAGUUCUGCUGGGAACACGUUUUUGUUCUUUUUGAUGGUGCUUUAUCUUGUGUGAUCAAAGAUAAAUUUGUAUUUUAUCUAACUCGGUUUUGUGUUUGUAUUGGUUGGCAGCCAAAUGCAGCCAGCCAAACGCAGUAUGCAAAAAAGCUAAAUUUUUGCUAAUUAUUGGGAGAGAUAUCGUAAUCAAAAUUUGCUUUGUGGGUUACAAAAGUUUUCACUUGCUUUUAUCAAAAACUGUACUCUUUAACUUUGUUUCAUCAUUCAUCAUUUACAAUUUUGAAAUUAUUUUAAAAGUUUUGAAUAUUAUCUGUGCAAAAAAAAUUUUGUUUCCUUUGCAUUUUCGUUGCUUUUUUAAACAUGCGACCAGAAUUCAGCCAAAUUUUGCUUCUUCGGCCAAGUCAAUUUGUGGCGGAUCUUCGGCUAAGGGGUUUUGAGAAACUGCCAAAAUGGAGAAAUUUGGCCAUCAAGCCAUGAAUCUAAAUUGCCUUUUUGUGUAUGAAGAAUGAGUACAUUGGGUUGUCAAAAAGGCCAAAUUGCAACUCUGGCCACUUUUGAUAUUCUGAGCACAGAAUAGGAAAUAGCCUAUUCUGUGUUCUGAGCAUGCACUAACCUCUUUCUCGAGCAGGGUUGCCUUGCUUUGAAAUCUAGCAUAAUUUUUGUAAAUCUAGCACAAUCUUAUGACAAAUUUGGCGUAAUUCCAAAAUUGAGAUCUGGUGCGUGGUUUCUGCAUUACAAACAAGAUGGGGGUAAAGGUCAUGCUUUCAAGCUGGGCGAAAAGAGAAAAGAAGAAACAAGCACAAUCAUACAUCAGUGAGAGAAGAAUUUAUUUGCCAUCUGUAACGAGGUUUACGUUUAUAGUAUCAAAACUUUUUGAAGAACAGAUUUGAUGGCAAAGAAUUUGAUGUGCAUAGUGCAGUUAAGAACUUUUCAUAAGUAAAAGAGACUUGAGAAAGCUUCACCCAGCUUUUGUCCCGGACAAAAUAUUUCAUUCAAUCAUGCAUUAAAUUUUGAGAAAUAAACGAACAAGAUCGCAGAGAUCUGAGACUUGUUCUCAGAGGAAUUCUACAAGACGAGACAAUGGCUCGGAUUCUCGCAGCAAACCCUAAUCCUGUCGAUGUAGAGAGGCUGAUUCCCACCUACAACAAGAUGGAGGCAGGUGGCGAAAGCAGCAAAGCUCCAGAAAAACCUAACAAAUAGAUAAAUAUUGCAUUAAAUAUGCUUGAUCUCGCAAGUUUCGAGUUCCGAGAAAAGCUGCAAAGAUGGCUCCUUUUACCAAAAAACACCAAAGUCUGGCAAGUAAGGCUGAUUUAAGGGAGUUUUUGAAGGUGAAAGGAAAUAAAAAAUAUCUUUUUACAGAGAUCCGAACAAACCAUCUAAAAGAGUUUCCUUUCGAUAACUUUUUGCUCACAUAUUAAGACAUCGCUAUAUGUAGUUAAUUUUCUUAUUAACCCAAUCCAUAUAUUGUAAAGAAUCAGCUUUUGCUACUUGUACUUCAUUAAUUAAAAGAAUUUGCCCAAUUUGAGCAUGCUAUUUGCACUAUAUUGGCAGUUUCUAUAUUUGCCACCCCCAUGAUGCCAAUCCCAGCAAAGUACCACGCCCAAUUUUUAUAAAAAGUGUGGAUCUGUAGAAAUUUCUUAGGCCCUGAUUGUUUAUAUUUUUUAAAUUUACCUUUGCUGCUCUAGCAUUGAUUCAUAUAAGCAUGGCCUACCUAUAUCAUUUAAAUUCAAAUUAAUAUCCUUAGAUGCUGUUUGCUAUAGAAACAAUGGUUGCCCUUUCACCCCUAAAUUUCAAAUCAAUACUCUGAAUGCCCCUGAGUGUCCAAGGCAAUGAUUUCUUUGAUAAUUUUAUGUCAUAAUAUGACUCUAAAGUAAAUUUCACUGGUAUGUUAGUAUUUAUCCCUGUCAACCUUAUUAUUCUAGGCAUAAAAAGGUAACAAACUCUUUUAUAGAUCAGCAGAAAGGAUCUUGCAAAAAAUGCUGGAUGAAGGUUGGAGAUUGCAUGUGUCCUGUUAUCUAGCUACUGGCUUUGGGGGAGUGAUAACUUGCCCCUUUUUUCCCUGCAAGAGUUACCACAAAGACAUCAACACAUUAUUCUGUUUUUGUAUUAAAAAUUUUACAAAGGAGACUAUUUUAAAAAUUAUCAAAAUUUUAUAGAUAAUUUGGUCAUAUCUAUAUAAAGUUUGCAAAUCCACAGAGCUGUAUUAUUUCAAACUAGUAGCAACAUAUAGGUAUUUUCUAGAAAUUUUGCAAUAGAUUAUUGUUUCAUGAUACUUUUAUAAGAACAUUUCUCACAUGCAAUAGAAAUUAUAAAUUUGCUAGCUAGUUCACUGGCCUGAUUUUAUAGAAUUUAAAUAUAUAAUUCAAUGUAGCUAAGUAUUCAAAUACAAACAUACAUUUAUUAUUCAUAAAUAUAGCAGGUUUAAAUUCUGAAAGCUUAAAGAAGCUGACAAGACCCCUGUAUUAGCUUAAAGGUUAAAUACGAAAAAAUUAUAUUUACACAAGUAUAUUGAAAAAGUUGAAUUAUUAAUAUAAUCUCAAAUCCCUUUUUUUGCUUGUAUAAAAACAAAUUUAUAAUUUUUGAUACGAUACUUCUCAUCAGCCCUGUGCACAUAUCUGGGCGGGUAGCAGUCUCAUAUUUAGAAUUUUUUGAAUGGCCUAAAUAUCUUAAUGCAGCAAAUUAUACAGGCAGCGGAAGGAAUUAUUAUUGUAUUAAGCACACUCAGUGGAUUAUGACCUUCAUUAACGCGUCCAAGCCCGAAAGAAAAUUUACAAAAAGAACUCAUUGCUUCCAUUGUUUUGACGUAAUCAUUUAACAAUUUCUAACUCUCAAGUGAACACUUCUUGGACUGGACUCCAUUGACCAUUUUAGCAAGGUAGCUGCACUACAAAUAACAAAGCAUUCUACGGACAAGCAAACGGGUCAUGUAAAUAGCGCACGAGACUUGAGCGAAAAUGAAAAUACCUCCAGGGAUUUUCUGAUAAAGCAACUUGAUAUCUACAAGAAGUGUACGAGAUUUUCAUGACUUGCCAUUCAAUAGAGUGAAUUUCACAUUUCACUCAUUUGGUUCGCAUUUGGAAUAGAGAGAGAAAAGAAAGAGGGAAUAAAGAGAAAGGGUCGGAUUUCAGAGUGCUGGGACACUAUUUUCAUAAGGGCCAUUGAAUAGGGACUUUCUAGUUUGCCAUGACCUUUUCUUUUGCCUUGAGGUCUUUGAAUUUGCUGUGAUCUUUAUUAAUUUGCUGUGGAGUUUCUAAAUACUGAGUUUUUUCUUUAGCUGUGCACUUGGUCUUUGUUUUGGUUUUUCUGUUCACGCCUUUUCUUUUCAAAUAGAGCGCUUCCUUUUUCAAAUCUAUAUGUGGUUCUUAAAGGGCCUCUCCAGCCAAAAAAAAUUUUUUUUUAUUGACUAAAAAGUUAGCAUCUGGUGCGUGUAUUAUGGCAAAGCCGUUGUUUUAGCGAAAUUCCAAUUAGUUUAGAAGUUAUAAGGCUUUAAAGUUGCACCUUUCUGAGAAAAAACGACAAAAGCCGAAUCAGUUUUGUGACAUUCUGACGUCACAAUGUGCGGCUCUCGUUCGCCAUGAAUUUUGUAUUUCUUCCACCGAAUCGUGAAGAAGUCAUGGUGACACGUUGAUAACUGCAUCUAAAUCUACAGCAGGAGCUUUUUAGGAUCGAAAAAUAUUAAAUGUUUACAAUCAUUCUAAGUUUGUGGGUCGGAAUGUGUCCAUGCUGUGUCACGACUUUGUUUUGACCACAAAGCUAUGGCUUCCUGUUCCAUCUCUUCCCUGGCGUAUAGGUAUAAUUAAUCGAAAUUGAUACUCAUGUUGUUCUCCAGAAACGAUGAACAUCUAAAGGCUUCAAAAUUGGUUUCUGAAAUCAGUGGCGUACCCAAGGGGGGAAUAGGGGGGUCUGGACCCCCGCCACUUUUUUAAAAUAUGGUCCUCGAGAUUUGUCCAAAAACGAUGUAAAACUCAUUGGGAGGGGGGGGUAGUAUACUGUAUGCUUGUGUCAAUAACAAUUGUAAAAUACUUUGCUAUUUACCAUAGCUGAAAUGAAUCAAAUAACGGGGGAAAAUUUUGCAAAAAGGGCAUUUCCCUGCAUUUGCGAAUGUUUGAAGGGGGUGGUCAAAAAAAUUUGGGGCUAGGCCUCAGACCCCCCCCCCCUGCUGCAGCCCUGGGUACGCCACUGUCUGAAAUGCUCAAACUAAAAGCCGGUGGAACAGAACUGAGAGUACCAUCACUUGCAGUGUUCAGUUUGCGAAUCGCCGUCGUUCGAUUCGGUUUGAGGCGAGACUAACGAAAUACACUGUGACAUUAAAAUUGCGUCACAAUGUCACCAAAUUGAAAACAUUUUGUCGGUUAAUGCAAUUCAAUUAUCGAAAUGCAAGAGCUUAUAUCUAACAAACUGUAAAAAAUAUCGAAAAACAAAAAACGAAUUCGUGAUCAGCAAGUUCAACUCCUUUAGAUUAGCCAAUAAAAUGCAAGUGCAAAAUUUGGCUGGAGAGGCCCUUAAAGUCUUUUAUAUAUUCGUGUAGCUUGUUUCUUGAUUGGGCAAGUACUUCUUCAAUUGUGCUAGACAGUUGUGAGCCAAUUGGGCAGUUCUUAAAUUAUUAAGAUGCUAGUUAAAAUUUGAGACAAGGGACAAUGCCUCACCGUAGAACAUUAAAUAUAUGAAAUCUAAAAAGCAUUGUUUAAGAUGAUAAAAUAAGAACAUAAAUGGAUAGAAUUAAUCAUUAUCCGGCAUGUUUCACUUUUCUUGACAAAUAACAGUUAACAAGCAACUAGGGCUGGGGCUGGAUAAAUUCUCUAAGGGCUAAAACCUUAUAAAUAUAUUUUAAAGCAACUUUGAGGGCAGUUCCCGAGUCAAGUUACCUAAAGAAAGUUACUGGCAUUUAUUUAGAAUAUCCUGAUAUAAACCCAAUCAUAUUGUUUUGCUUCAUUUUCUGAAGUGUAGCUAUUAGACUAAAUAUUCUUUAGCAUAUUUAAAAUUAUAUUUGAAGCGUAUGUUUGCCUACCAGCCUCGUUUGGAUUGAUGAUAUUGGCGGGAAAAAAGAAAUGUCGUAGUUUUUGAGGGUUUUAGAGUUAAUAACUAUUAUCCAUUUUGUCAGUAAAUGAAAUGGAGAGCAACCCAAAAGAUACACGUAGACCGAUGGUCGUAAUUUUGAAUGCCUCUCUAGCAAAUGGAGAAAUCCACCGGUUACUGCAGACGAGAAGAUGUUUCAGAAUCAAGGUGACGCAAAGCACAGAAAGAGACUCCGUGAUACUUCCCGUCAAGUCAAUCGCGUAUUUGGUUGUGUCUAUUUCUGAGCUAGCAAGAAAGUGGCCGUCGAAAGGAGACAAAACUUUGAACGAAGAUACCAUACAAAGAAUCGAGAAAUUCAGCAGCAUACACCGCAAUUGCCAUUUGCUGCUGUUGACCAAAAUGACGACAGAAGAUGAAUUCAAUAUUUUCAAAGAAUUGCAGCAUAGAUUUUGGAAGUCGCCGCUGGUAAUAUACCCCGUUGCAAGUGCAAAACAGUGCAUUAGAAUGUUGGAGAAAGCGUCAACAUUGAACAAUGAUGCGAAUGAUGCCUACACCAGUCUACUCAAUGGAAAUUUAGGAGAAGAAAUGACCCAGUCAAUUUUAGAAGAAAACCUUGGCAUAACAAGUCAUCAAUCGCUGGUGCUUCUUGACGGAUGCCAGAACAUCGCGAAUAUCGCUUGUUUCUCUGAGGAGGAGCUAAUAGAAAGAUGCCCGCUCUCCAGGGACUGUGUGAAACGAAUAAGGCAGUUUUUCCAGCAAGACUGCGUCAGUAUGUGA